AUGCUGAUGCCUAAGCCGUUUGGCCAUCCCCAGCCGAGCCGUUCUCGAGUCGAGUCAUAUAAGCCUAGCCCAGCCAGAUUUUUUUCCCUGCCAUUUCUUUCUUGUCUUCCCCUUCUACAUCUAGAAACAAGCCCUCAUCUUCCUCCUUACCCUCCACCUCCACCGGUACCGGGAAGCAUAUGGACCACCGCGAAGCUCGAGCGCCGUCAAAUCUUAAUACCAGCAAAGAACAAGUGCUCCGAUGAUACCAGGAAGUUGAAUAUUGUUGGCUUGGUGGUGAAACAUUGUAAAGCAGAGGAUAUGGGAAACAGGAGAUUGAAAGGAACCUCAGGUAACAAGAAGCAGAAGAUGUCAGCAGAAACUAAACUGCUGUUUGAUCAGCUGACUGAAGAUGCUAUCAAACUGAUGGAGAGUGGGGAUUACAAUGUGUGUGAUGAAAAACAAGAGAGUUUCCAGCGUGAAGCAGGUCUGUCCUACAGCUGA